AUGUGUAAGAUGUGGGAGAGAAUACGUUUCGGUGCUAGAUGGCGUACUGCUGAAAGGACAGCGCUAGCCAUACGAGGAGUCGACUUGAAAAAAGUGAAAUCAAUUCACUUUUCAUUUGAUCCGUUCUAUCAUGAUUGUCAUUCCUUAAGGAGCUUUUGGUUUCUUAUCAGUUCACCGUAUGUUCGAAGGACAAAUCCAUUAACGAAAAUAGAUUGCAAUAUAAGGAAUGAUCGCCAAGCACCUUAUAUGUGUGCAAAUUUAAAUGAUGGCAAGAAGUUGUUGUUUCGAACAAGCGGUAUGCAUGUAAUGGAUCUGGCGAUAACGUUUAACAGGUUACUGGGAAAUUCCGAAUUUGGUAAAAGUGGUAUCAGACCUCUUCCAAAAAUUGAUUAA